AUGAUAGAGGUGGAGGAACGAAUUCUUUGGCAGCCGCCACCAAGUGGAAUGGUUAAACUCAAUUGGGAUGCGGCAGUGGAUGCUAAGGAAAAAAUAAUUGGUUUGGGAAUUGUAGGUAGAGAUGAGAAGGGAUCUUUCUUGGCUGCACUCAGUAAACAAAUGCGCACUGAUAUCAGUCCGGUGGGAGCAGAAAUUUAUGCUGCACUCCAUGCAGUCCAGUUUUGCAUUGAACAAUGCUACUCGAAGGCAUGGUUUGAAGGUGAUGCACUGCAGGUAGUUAAAGAAGUAAAUUCAGAGUUACCCUGUGAAAGCAUGCAUGGUCAUUUAACCGAAGCCAUAAAGGAACAUCUUCAAGGUUUGAACCAGGCGAUUUUAACCCACACCAGAAGAGAGGCAAAUGCUGCUGCCCACGAACUAGCUGUAGAAGCUAGGACCCAUGUCAUAGAUACCGUUAGGUGGACAUCAAUCCCACCAUGUAUCUGUUGUAUUGUAAGGCGAGAGGAAUCACUUUCCUCCCUUUGA